UAGGCGGUACAGGAAAGGGCACAGAGACAAGAAAAAUGUGGAGCGAAUCCGGUCUCCUCCGAGGUCGGUGGACACCAGCGAAGAGGCACCCAGUGUGAUGCUGCUGCUGCAACACCUCUGGAGGCGAUGCGGGAAACGCGGCGCAGCAGGCACUAAAGAAUAAGCGAGGCGGUCAAGCCUAUAGGAGGAGCAGAGCAGACAGACUACUACAACAGCUGCUGAUGGGGAAGCGCUGAUUGAAGGAGAGAGAGAGAGAGAGAGAGAGAGAGAGAGAGAGAGAGCAGAAAGAAGCUAAAGAGAAGGAGGAGGGGAGAGAGAGCCGACCAGCACGGGAAUUUAGUGAUUGGACCCGCGAUCUUCCAGUUUCGCCGACUGGAGACCCCAAAGCCUCCUGUCGCUGUUUGGAAAGAAAGCAACAAAAACCAAACCUUGCUGGUCAUGGAUCCUCGUGCAGCUCUCAACAGUAAAGUGACGGCAAGGCUCCUCGUUUCUCUCCUGCUUCUUUGCAGAUGUCAAAACAGUCUCUGCCAGUCAUCCCCAGAAGCUGAGAAGGAGGUGGGCACCAACGACAACAGCACAGUCUUCACCAGAAUCCUGGAUGGGCUCCUGGACGGUUACGACAACAGGCUUCGGCCAGGGCUCGGAGAGAAUGUCACAGAGAUCAAGACAAACAUUUUUGUCACCAGCUUUGGCCCCGUGUCUGACACGGAGAUGGAGUACACCAUAGACGUGUUCUUCCGUCAGAGCUGGAAGGAUGAGCGCCUGUGCUUCAAAGGGCCCAUGGAGAUGCUGCCAUUAAACAACCUGCUGGCCAGCAACAUCUGGACCCCAGAUACUUUCUUUCUUAACGGCAAGAAGUCUAUAGCUCACAACAUGACCACGCCCAACAAGCUGCUGAGGCUCAAGGAUGACGGCACCUUGCUUUACACAAUGAGAUUGACCAUAUCAGCAGAAUGCCCCAUGCAGCUGGAGGAUUUUCCCAUGGAUGCCCACGCCUGCCCUCUCAAAUUUGGCAGCUAUGCCUAUCCUGUGUCAGAAGUCGUCUACACUUGGACUGAGGGAGCUAAAGAAUCUGUGGUGGUGGCAGAGGAUGGCUCCAGACUCAAUCAGUAUCAUCUUGUUGGACAAAGUGCUAACACAGAGGAUAUACACACAAGCAGGGGACAGUAUACAGUGAUGAUGGCCCAUUUCUUCCUGAAGAGGAAGAUUGGAUAUUUUGUCAUCCAGACGUAUAUGCCAUGUUUCAUGACUGUAAUCCUGUCCCAGGUGUCAUUUUGGCUGAACAGAGAGUCAGUUCCUGCCAGAACUGUUUUUGGGGUGACCACUGUGCUGACCAUGACCACCCUUAGCAUCAGUGCGAGGAACUCGCUCCCCAAAGUGGCCUAUGCUACAGCCAUGGACUGGUUCAUUGCCGUCUGCUAUGCUUUUGUCUUUUCUGCCCUCAUUGAGUUCGCAACAGUGAACUACUUCACCAAGAGGAGCUGGGCUUGGGAUGGCAAGAAGGCUAUGGAAGCACAACACCCUAAGAAACGAGACCCGAUGGUUCUGUCCAAGAAGCCCAACAACGUGUGCUCGGCAGGUGUCAACUACACCCCCAACCUCACCAAGGACACGUCCAUCUCCACCAUCUCCAACACGACGUCGGUACACCUGCGUUCUGCUGAGACCAAGACGAUGGACCCCAAGAAGACCUACAACAGUGUCAGCAAGAUCGACAAGAUGUCGCGGAUAGUGUUCCCUGUCCUCUUCGGAACCUUCAACCUCGUCUACUGGGCUACGUACCUCAACAGAGAACCGUUGUCGAAAGGAGUUGUCAUCUCAACGUAAUCGCUCUUCUUAUUGUUCCUUUUUUUCAGGGGCGUGGGGGGGAGGGGGGGGGCAGUUUGUGUCAGGGAGAAGGGAAGGUUGAGCCUAAUAGAAGAGGGGUGAUCCAUAAUGAAAGCAGCCAUUGCUACAUCUCUCCCUCCAGACUAAACAAAUGUGAAAACAAAGAACAAAAACUAUACUCACCUAUUUAGAUCAAGCACUUUGAAUGGAUGCAAGGCUUCACGAUUCCCUUUCCUAUUUUUCAUGGCCUAAAAAACUGCAUUUUAAGACUGCAUUAACAGGAGAGAGGGUGCUUUGCUUCUUUCUCAUCUGUUCUGCUGCAGUUUGCAUGAUUCUCACCCCCAAAAAGGGAACAUGGACUCCUCUUUGUCUUGAACACCGACCAUGUAUAUGUCAGUCAUUGCUUAAACUAUGGGAGCACACUUGGUCACUACUACCUGUAGAAUUUAACAAAGUAAUUUAAUGCUUCAUGUUCUUACUGCACUGGGCUCAUAAACUCUGCAAUCUAACUCGCAUUUGAAUUUUAAAACAUGAUUUUAAAAUGUACCUAAUUCCGCGCUAUGAGAAAGACGCAUCUCUCGAGAUUGAUGCUGCAAGUGCAUUAAUAAUGUCGUUUUAUGUCUCCUUUUUAAAAAAAAAAAAAUAUAUCUUGCCAAUUCUUUUCCUCUGCCUAACGCAGAGGGUGCUUGUGUCUCUUGUUGUACAUCUUUACUUGAAGAUUCAAGAACUGUUGCUGCAGGCCUGGUUUCCCAAAAGCACUGGCAGUAAGAGUCUCAAAGUAAAAUGUGAGAGGAAAAGAAGUUUUGAAUUAAAAAGUCAUCAUUUAGGGCCAGCAAGAAUGUUUGAAAAAAGUGGGGUUUUUUUCUGGCCUACUUACACGAGGGUGACUGGACGGCUGUGGCAGAUGUGUUAGCACAAAUUAAGGAUUGGAUAUAUGUGAUUUAACAGAAUUUUGAGCCUGGGUCACUCAGUUGGGAAACCAAUAUGCACAGUUGAGAUACCAAAUGGAGAGCAAGUCACAUACAAAUCAGGACAGCGAUGUGGACAGUUUUGGGACUGUCGUUCAGAGAUGUCCAGACACGCACCCUGCUAAUGUGUCCACAGAGAAAACCAGACUCAUGUACAGUUCAUAACCCUGUUUUGGUUUUUUAAAAAACUGCUGGUGAAAUUUACUAAAUGAGUACUGUGACAAUUUUGUAAGGCACUGACACAGCUGCUAUGU